GUCACAAAGUGCGAGCUGGAGGAUCAGCUCGAGGACCCGCUCGAGGACAUUCAGAUGGUUGUAGCCCAUAUUGUACAUGUAUUUUCAUUAACGUUUCUGCUCUUUUCCCUAGCACUCGAACGCUACAAACAACAAAAUCGUGACAAAGUGUCUUCGUAAAAGUUGACAAAAUAAAUUUCAUGGAGGUGAAUGCAUUAGAGGAAAAUAAAAUCAAUGUGAUAUCACAUGAAGGAAUUAUGGCCUUUGAUCAGUAUCAUUAUGCUGAUCUGGGUUUACUUGUCUCUCCUUAUAAACAUCAGACCAUUUUCAAUGAGGGUAGCACUAGAUUGCCUCAGUCCUCUUUGUUUCCACACUCUUUUUCUAAUUCUUUGCAACCGGAGGAAUUCCCACAGUCCUAUACAUCAGUGCAAGCUCAGGAAGAUCCAUAUCAACUGGUUCAUUUUGCCCAGAGGUGUGUCAGGAAUUCUGCAGAUGGAAAUGAAUGUGGAAGUACAUCUGAUCUAUAUGGAUUAGUGUCAGAUAUCUUGGAAGAGAGUGAUCACAUGGAUAGCUACUUUGCAGAUGAGAUGUCAUCCAAUGUAAAAUCUGUCUGGUCCCUCAACCCAGGGAAGGAAGACAUUCAGCAGUACUUCCAGUCAGAAUCAGAUAUUCAGGCAGUUCCAUCUAAUUUGCAAACGUAUCCUGGUCCAUUAAUCAGGCAAAGGCAACUUCAGAACACAGAUUUUCAACAGGAAGCUGAGCUUCAUCAGGGUUUCAUUGAUUUAGAUAUCAGUGAUCAAAUGCUUCUCUGUCCAAGCAGCAGUGAUACUGAUACAUGUUCAUUGCAGGUUCAAGAUGUGCAGACAAUGUCUAGUGGAAACUGCCUUCUGUCAAAGACAACACCUGGCAAAUGUGAUUUCAAUGGAGCUGUACAUGAUGAAAAAUUACACAGUAUAACCCCUUUUCUUAACCACACAAUUAGAGCAUCACCUUCUGGGUGUUUGGUAAACAAAAUGAAUGAUCACUGUUUAAGCUUCUUCUCUGAUUAUUCAAAUCAAAAUCAAUUGAAACCAAAUGGGAAUAAGCAAGUUAUGAUGCAAGAAGAGGAGGACAACGAGCAUUUCGAGAACCAUGGCUCUGACCAGCAUACUUUGUUUUCUAGAAUGCAGUCUCUCGAAAGUCAAACAGGACAAUUUAAAAAGGAAGCAUUGGCAGGUUUUGAAGUGCCAAGGCCAUCUGACCAUGCAAUCAAGAUGCCUACCCCACCAAGUACUUAUUGGCCUAAGGAUUUCUCAGAAAUUAGUCAACAGCAGACAUUUCUGCAGCUGAAAUCUUCAUCAGCAGAUCUCAAUCCCUUGGCACCUUUCCAAAGCAAACAUUCCAUUGAGAACACUAACAAUUUCUCACCAAAUCUUAAUCAGUAUGUUCAUAAUCGAUUAAGCCAGUACCAGAAUCAAGCCAAAAAACCAAAUAAUCCUGGUGUGCCAGAGUAUUCUAAAAGGCUUUCAUUCCCCAUUUCAGAUUUUGUUCCACAGAAUUUGCAAAGAAAAACAUCUUUCCCCCAGGAUUACAGUCUGGGCGAUAGUCAAAACCCUUAUAAUAGAGCAGGUCAGAAUCAGGUGAUGCUGAAUUUGGAAGAGCUGCAAAAGGCAGGCGAGUUUGACCAGGAUCUGGAUGACUCUGUUUUGGCUGGCAGGAUUAUCAAAAAGGUGCACUCACCUCAGAAAACUAAGGAGAAUAUGAAACCACAGAAUAGCAAUCAUGGAGAAAGGGUCAAGAAGCAAGAGUUGCUUCAGAAUGCAUACCUUGAUUUCUUGGGGAAUGAGCGUGGUUUGCGUAGGUCAAUUGGAAGAAAUGCAAACAUUGGGGAAAAGACCCAGCCAGCCUCCUCUUUCCCAUACAUGCACAUAGUGGGUGACAGGCAGAAUUCAUGGCCAGUGCAGUGGAACACUGGAAGUUUUUCUCCCAAUUCGACAUUCCUGCACCGUAACUCCAGUGUGCUUCCUAUGGAUCUUUGCAACUUGUUGCCAGACAACGAACUUAACGCUUGCCUCCGUGACAUGAUGAGCACAGAGAAUCCGCUCUCUGCUGCUGCAUCUGUGAUGGGGUUCCCCAGUCUCACAAAGAACCGUUGUGGACCCACAAGUCAGCUUCACCUUUAUCUUGAGGAAUGUUAUGAGCAAUGGAGGACACUGGAAAAAGAGAGGAGAAAGAUUGAGAACAUUCUUAGAAAAAGUUUUCCUGGCAAGAGGAUAUCAAUAGUGAGCAGCAGUCCCAUUCCAAAAAUCCCACAAAAUCCCUCUAGAGUAGAUCGGCUAAUUGUGGAUCAAUUACGUGAGCAAGCACGGGUUGUGGCUCUUUUUGGAAAAAUGGAAUGUCUGCGAGGCGUCCCUCUCCAUGCAAAUAUUCGCUCAGCACUGGACAGACACCUAGAAGUUAUUUACACUACACAGGCACGACGUACAGAUGAAUAUAUCAAUACAUCAAAUCGACAGAGACAAGGAGGUACUUACAUUAAAGAAGAUAGAGUCAUUUUACUACUGGCUGCUGCAGUGAAGGACCUGUGUGUGACUACAAGGAGGACUCGCACUGCCCUUUGGUGUGCACUGCAGAUGACAUCGCCGCAAGUUGAAAAUAAGGUGGACGAGCAGAAAGAAACCCCAACCUGAAAGAGUUCUAGUUGAUGUUGGACAAAUUAGCUUUUUGAAAAUAUCAAUUUGCCUUUGUAGCUAGGUCUUUUGAAUAGUUCAAUAUGAAUUUGGGAUUGUCCAAAACUCUGACUAUUACAAUGUAUAUGUACUUUUUAAAUAUACAGUCUACAUAAAGUGCACCUCUGAAUAAUUUUAUGCAUAAGCUAGUUCAUGAUCAGUGCAUGUUUAUACCAAACUAUUGACGCUUACAACCUUGCAGCCUUCCAAGACUUAAGAAGUUUUGGUUAUGCCUGUAGGCAAUUUAAUAAUUUCCACUACUACUCAUCCUCUUCAUAUAAAAACUAAUUAGCUCUCAGUACAUUUUUCAUGUAAUUAAUGUAAUCUGUGAGAAAAGUAAUCUUGAAACACAAGCCAAACACACCCCAUUGAUAUGAAUUGACCAGUAUAUCGUAACAGAGAUUGAAAACACUGAUGAUUAGGAUCCAUAUUAAAUACAGAUUUCCAUUAAGAAUUCAGCAGCAUUUUAGAAAAAAGUGCAUAUUUUCAAAUGAUUUUUUCUGUUGUGUUUUAACAGUUAUAAUGAUUUGUGUUAAAAUUUGCUUGUCCAUCAUACUUAGCCUGCAGAUAGUAUUUAUUCACAAUUAAUAAAAUGAAAGGGAGACUGGUAUUCUAACAGAUCGUAUUUGAUUUUUUAAAAUUACUAUGACAGAAAGUUGCAUCCUGUUAUUAUUAAAUCUUAAAUUUAUGGCUUUUGAUUUUUCCAAAGUUACAAUUUAUUUACAUGGUUAAUUUACUACUACUGUGAAUGAAGUACAUAUUGUUAAAAUAUAUUUGUUCAAAUGCUGGAUUUUGUGUUUUGUGUUAAAAAAAUAUUUGUAUGUAAGUGAGGAUACCAAUAGAAAUAAAAUAAGCUUUAAUGA